GGUAAACACAAACACAUGUCAUCUGAAAGUAGUGUUAAAUUUAAUUACAAAUCAAAGUAUGACUCAAGAAGUAGACAAUCAACCGAUGACUGAUCCCACGGACACGAAGAGCAAGCUCUUCGAGGGCUACAAGAGUGUGGGUCUGGUGUCGACACACGUGCCACACAUCGUGCGAUAUAUCGACAAAUUGUCUCAAACCCGGGUCAUUACGGUCUCCAACAACACGUUUCUGGUGUUCAAUCAUAAACUCAAACUCAUCGAGACAUGUGUGGCCCACGCGUCCGACAUCAAUGUCUUGACCAGCGAUUCCAAGUAUGUCUACACGGCUGCCGAUAACGAGAUCUUCGGCUGGAAAUACGGCCACAAAUGGAAAUGCAGAUCAUUUGUGGGAUGCCUUCAGACCGUUGAACACGUCCUGCCAUUUGGUCCCCAUUUGAUAGCAAUAGACGCCGAAAACACACUCAGGGUUUGGGAGAUCCGGACUCAAGAGCAGACACUAACCCUACCAUUCAAUGAGGAGUCGUUCCGCAUGACGGCACUCAUACACCCGUCCACUUAUAUCAACAAAAUUCUGAUCGGUUCCGCACAGGGAGCUCUUCAGUUGUGGAAUCUUCGGACACAAACACUGAUCCAUACGUUCAAAGGAUGGCAGAGUCGAGUGACACAGUUAUCUCAAGCGCCGGCCAUCGACAUCGUAGCCAUCGGUCUGGAGAACGGAUCCAUUUAUAUACAUAACCUCCGCAUCGAUGAGACACUCAUGAAGUUUCGACAGGAAUGGGGUUCAGUGCAGUGCCUGAGCUUUCGCAGCGAUGGACAACCGUUUAUGGUGUCGGCCUCAAUGUCCGGCCAUUUGGCGGUUUGGAAUUUAGAGCACAAGAGACUCGAGUCUCAGAUGAGACACAUUCAUAGCGGACAAGUGGUCGGCACUACUUUCAUCGAAAGGGAACCACUGCUGGUCACCAAUUCGACGGAUAAUUCGCUGAAGAUUUGGUGUUUCGAUGAGUCCGACAGCACCGGACGUAUUCUGUAUCAACGCGAAGGGCACACGAAACCGCCCACAAGAAUACGGUUUCACGGCUUCAAAGGCCAGUAUGUUUUGAGCGCUGGUCUGGACUCGAGUUUGAGAGCGUUUUCCAUAUUCUCGGAGCGAUUGAAUCGAAACCUCGGAAUCGCUUCAUAUAAUAGAAAGUUAUCCAAAAAGAAAGGCGUCCGCAAAGACACCCACCGUAUGAAACCGAUCGUCGAUUUCACAGCCGAGACCACUCGUGAGAAGGAAUGGGAUGGUAUAGCGGCGUGUCAUCGGAGGCUUAAUACGGUGACCACCUGGUCCUUCGACAACUGCCGUAUGGGUAAACAUAAACUAUUGCACCAACGGUUCGCCGGGCAAUACAAUGUUGUGGCACUGUGCGUGUGUUUGAGUAGUUGUGGAAAUUUUGUGACAAUGGGUUAUAAUACGGGUCAUGUCGACCGGUAUAACAUACAGUCAGGCAUUCAUAGGGCCACUUAUGGCAAGAGAGCGCAUGCAAGUGCUGUGAGAGGUGUGGCCAGUGAUGGACUCAACCAGUUUGUCAUAAGCGGUGGCAACGACUCUAAAUUAAAGUUUUGGCGAUUUAAUGGCAAAGGAUUGUUAGGUGAACUGACAUUAGACGCACCCAUCAGUCAAUUGGUUUUACAUAAAGAGAGCUCUCUAUUAGCGGUAUCUUUAGACAACUUUUACGUAAAUAUAAUUGACUGCGAAAUGCGUCGACCGAUCCGUGUGUUGGGUCCGCACGGGAACCGCGUGACAGACAUGUGCUUCAAUAACGAGAGCCGUUGGCUCAUCACCUCCAGUAUGGACUCCAUUAUCCGUGUCUGGGAUCUGCCGUUAGGUUUAUUAGUGGACGCCUUUCGUGUGUCCACUCCUUGCGUCAGUCUCUCACUGUCACCGACCGGUGAGUUCUUGGCGACGGCUCACUCUGAAGAGGUCGGCAUCUAUUUGUGGGCAAACAUCUCGCUGUACGCACCCAUCACUCUGCGGCCAUUGCCUCAAGACUUUGAACCUGUUUUGCUGGAAAUGCCGGUUAUUCGCAGCGAUGAGGAAGAGGAGGAAGAAAUGAUUGAAUCAAAUGCCGUAUUCGAUGGCACCGAAGAUGUAGAACAAAUGGAUACCAAUGAAGAUGUUGUAUAUAAAUCACCGGAACAGUUGGCUAACGACUUGAUAACAUUGUCGUCGCUUCCGGACUCGAAGUGGAAAAAUCUCUUGUGUUUGGAUUUAAUUAAAAAACGGAAUAAACCCAAAGAACCGGUACAUAAGCCCGAAAACGCCCCCUUCUUUCUGCCGACAGUCGCGGGACUCGAACCCAAGUUUGCCAUCGAAGACAAAGAUGACCACAAGAAUAAAGACAAACAAAUUGAUUCACAUAUUGUUGACAAAUUGAAACCCAUUUCAAUGUUUGGAAAGUUAAUCAUUACAUGCCAUGAGAAUGAGUCUAAUUAUGAUCCACUGCUGGAUCUCCUUAAAACGAUGGGUCCCUCAGCCAUCGACGCCGAGAUCCGAUCCCUAUCCACACAACUCAAUGGUUCGCCAAAUCUGUUGAUCUAUUUUUUGGACGCAAUGGAAGCGACGCUUAAGACUAAUAAGGACUUCGAACUGAUUCAGUCAUAUUUGGGAUUAUUCCUCAAAAUACACACCGAAGACAUCGUCACCAAUGAAGCCCUUAAGACACGGUGCGAACAGUUAUCCCAAAUGACUGAUGAGUUAUGGGAUAGACUAUCGAAAGAGUUUAAUAAGUCGUUAUGUAAUAAAAGCACGAAUUUCUUUGUUUAUGAAAUCGAGAAACAAUUGGUUCGGAAUCAAUGUUUUGCUGACUUUCAUCUGCUGUAUGAGCGACGACCGGUUCUCCUCAAUGAACCCUUUGUUCACACCCCGAGUGGUGAUCACUUUGCUGGAGGUCUUGAGCUGAGCGCCCAGUGCUGUGGCCGGGGUACUCAUCACCUCUUCGAUGAUAUCCGGUAUGAAUAUAUACGUGAAAAAGUAGGGGUAAGUGAACUUCUGCUGCCCCUGAGAGCCGUGAACUUUGGCCCCAUUCCGCACGAAUGA